GAGUGCGCCGUGCGAGGCCCGCGGACGCCCGCCCAUCCCCCAAACCCCCGCUCCCGCGCCGCCCCCUCCCCUCCUAGCGAGAGUCGGCGGUAGCGGCGGCGGCUGCAGAGAUUGGAAUCUGCCUGCCGGGCUUGGCUAAGGAGGGAGUAGGGAGGAGGACCAAGGGCGGGCAGGAAGGCUUGGGCUCGGCGCGUCCGUCCGCGCGAGGCGAAGAUCGCACAGCCGGAUCGAGGGGCAGCCGGACCGGGGCCGCUGCAAGCCGAGGGCGGAGGCCGAGCCGGGCCCCGCUUUGCCCCGGCGGCUCGCCGCGCCCACCCGCUCCGUGCCGAGGGCUGGAGGAUGCGUUCCCCGGGGUCCGGACUUAUGGAAAUAUGCAUCAGUUUAAUACUGUCUUGGAAUUCAUGAGAUGGAAGCAUAGGUCAAAGCUGUUCGGAGAAAAUUGGAAGUAAAGUUUUACCUAGCCACAUCUUGGAGGAGUCGGGAGAAAGCCGUGGGAGCUGAAGUCAUUGUCGAGUGCUCGCGAUCUUCUACAAGAAAAUCUCACCAAAUGAUAGUCGUUUAAAUUAGUGAAGUAGCAAGACCAGUUAUUAAAGGUGACAGUGUACAGGAAACAUUGCAAUUGAACAAUGACUCAGCUAUAUAUUUACAUCAGUUUAUUGGGAGCCUAUCUGUUCAUCAUUUCUCGUGUUCAAGGACAGAAUCUAGACAGUAUGCUCCAUGGCACUGGGAUGAAAUCAGACUCCGACCAGAAGAAGUCAGAAAAUGGAGUAACCUUGGCACCAGAGGAUACCUUGCCUUUUUUAAAGUGCUAUUGCUCAGGGCACUGCCCGGAUGAUGCUAUUAAUAACACAUGCAUAACUAAUGGACAUUGCUUUGCCAUCAUAGAAGAAGAUGACCAGGGAGAAACCACAUUAGCUUCAGGGUGUAUGAAAUAUGAAGGAUCUGAUUUUCAGUGCAAAGAUUCUCCGAAAGCCCAGCUACGCCGGACAAUAGAAUGUUGUCGGACCAAUUUGUGUAACCAGUAUUUGCAACCCACACUGCCCCCUGUUGUCAUAGGUCCAUUUUUUGAUGGCAGCAUUCGAUGGCUGGUUUUGCUCAUUUCUAUGGCUGUCUGCAUAAUUGCUAUGAUCAUCUUCUCCAGCUGCUUUUGUUACAAACAUUAUUGCAAGAGCAUCUCAAGCAGACGUCGUUACAAUCGUGAUUUGGAACAGGAUGAAGCAUUUAUUCCAGUUGGAGAAUCACUAAAAGACCUUAUUGAUCAGUCACAAAGUUCUGGUAGUGGGUCUGGACUACCUUUAUUGGUUCAGCGAACUAUUGCCAAACAGAUUCAGAUGGUCCGGCAAGUUGGUAAAGGCCGAUAUGGAGAAGUAUGGAUGGGUAAAUGGCGUGGCGAAAAAGUGGCUGUCAAAGUAUUUUUUACCACUGAAGAAGCCAGCUGGUUUCGAGAAACAGAAAUCUACCAAACUGUGCUAAUGCGCCAUGAAAACAUACUUGGUUUCAUAGCGGCAGACAUUAAAGGUACAGGUUCCUGGACUCAGCUCUAUUUGAUUACUGAUUACCAUGAAAAUGGAUCUCUCUAUGACUUCCUGAAAUGUGCUACACUGGACACCAGAGCCCUGCUCAAAUUGGCUUAUUCAGCUGCUUGUGGUCUGUGCCACCUGCACACAGAAAUUUAUGGCACCCAAGGAAAGCCUGCAAUUGCUCAUCGAGACCUGAAGAGCAAAAACAUCCUCAUCAAGAAAAAUGGGAGUUGCUGUAUUGCUGACCUGGGCCUUGCUGUUAAAUUCAACAGUGACACAAAUGAAGUUGAUGUGCCUUUGAAUACCAGGGUAGGCACCAAACGCUACAUGGCUCCAGAAGUACUGGAUGAAAGCCUGAACAAAAACCACUUCCAGCCCUACAUCAUGGCUGACAUCUACAGCUUUGGCCUGAUCAUUUGGGAGAUGGCUCGUCGUUGUAUCACAGGAGGGAUCGUGGAAGAGUACCAAUUGCCAUAUUACAACAUGGUACCGAGUGAUCCGUCAUAUGAAGAUAUGCGUGAGGUUGUGUGUGUCAAACGUUUGCGGCCAAUUGUUUCUAAUCGGUGGAACAGUGAUGAAUGUCUACGAGCAGUUUUAAAGCUAAUGUCAGAGUGCUGGGCCCACAAUCCAGCCUCGAGACUCACAGCAUUGAGAAUCAAGAAGACACUUGCCAAGAUGGUUGAAUCCCAAGAUGUAAAAAUCUGACGGUUAAACCAUGGGAGGAGAAACUCUAGACUGCAAGAACUGUUUUUACCCAUAGAAUGGAUGGAAUUAGAGUGGAAUAAGGAUGUUAACUUGGUUCUCUGACUCUUCACUAUGUGUUCACAGGCUGCUAAUAUUAAACCUUUCAGUACUCUUAUUAGAAUACAAGCUGGGAACUUCUAAAUACUUCAUUCUUUAUAUAUGGACAGCUUUUAAAUGUGGUUUUUGAUGCCUUUUUAAAAAUGGGUUUUUAUGAACUGCAUCAAGACUUCAAUCCUGAUUAAUGUCUCCAGUCAAUCUCUGGGUACUGAAUUGCCUGUUCAUAAAACGGUGCUUUCUGUGAAAGCCUUAAGAAGAUAAAUGAGUGCAGCAGAGAUGGAGAAACAGACUUUGCCUUCUACUUGAGACAUUCAGCACGUUUGUAUUCUACCUUUGUAAAACAGCCUAUAGAUGAUGAUGUGUUUGGGAUACUGCUCAGUUUAUGAUAGUUUGUCCUGCCUUCCUUAAUGAUGUGUGUGUGUGCACUCACAUGCACGCCAGGAUUCCUCUGCUGCCAUCUGAAUUAGAAGAAAAUAAUUUAUAUGCAUGCACAGGAACAUAUUGGUGGCCGGUGGUUUUGUGCUUUAAAAAUGCAAUAUCUGACCAAGAUUCGCCAAUCUCAUACAAGCCAUUUACCUUACAAGUGAUAGCUUCCCCACUAGCUUUAUUUUUUAAUGUGAAAGGAUACAAAGGCCAAAAGAAGUUUAAAGCAUCUGUAAAUUUGGACUGUUUUUCUUCUACCACGAUUUUUUUUGUAGUCAUUAUUUUUGUCAUGGAAAGCAUCCUCUCCAAAGUUGGAACUUCCAAUGCCAUGAACCAUGCUUACUAAGAAAGCACUUCUUAUUGAAGUGAAUUCCUGCAUUUGAUAGCAAUGUAAGUGCCUAUAACCGUGUUCUGUAUUCUUUAUUCUCAGUAACUUUAAAAAGGGAAGUUAUUUAUAUUUUGUGUAUAAUGUGCUUUAUUUGCAAAUCACCCACUCCUUUAUAACCGUACUUUAUAUAUGUACAUACAUUCAUACUGUAGAAGCCAGCUCAUGUGUACCUCACAUCCCAUCCUUAAGGGAAGGAAUGUUAUAAGUAGAACUAAAUAUGGAUUUUGAGAAUUAAUGCAUUCAAAGUAAUAUAUCAAAUCCAGGACUUCGUUAACUUCAGGCAAAAACUUCAUGAGGGUAAUAUCAUCUCAGUUUUUCUAAACGAAAGGAUUCUCUAAUUAGAAAUUCAUAUGUCAGAACUGUUAUAAAUUUAUCAACUGUUAAAUAUGUCUUGAGAUUUUUUGUUUUUUGAUUUGUUUCCUAACUUGUGAAGACAAUGAAAAAUCAGGCAGAAAUAUUAAGUAUCUAGUCACUAUCUGUAGUUACACUGUAUAACUGUUUUUCAAUAAAAUGGUACAUAUUUUAUAGAUGCCUUGUUAUCUCAAGAAAUAAUUCUGGUUUACAUGAACUUAUUAAACUUCUGUAAUGCCUUUUAAAUAUUAAUCUCCUAGUCUGAGCAUACAACUCAUGGGUACAUCAAGUGAGAUCAUUUUCUUUGAUUACAACAUAAAUGUGAUUAUAUCACAACAUAGUUAAAAAGGUUUAAAUUAAACGGGAGGAAAUUAGCAUGUGUCCACCCAUUACCAAAAUUUGACUUUCAUUUGAGGCUAAAACUUACAAAUUUGUAUGUACAUCAAAUCUCACAAAUUUGAAACUCGCCUUAACCAUUUUUUAAUAAGGUUCAUCUACCAUAAUUAAAGUCUGAAGUGGUUAUCAAGAUAAAUAAAUUGGCAUAUGGCUAAUACCCAGUAACACUUUUUCAGAGUUUUUCCCCAUAUGUAUACUGAGAAAUAAAAAUAUUUUAAUCUAAGUUGCUAUGUGAUUUGAUCACACUUAGAACAUCCAAAUUACUUAAAAUUAACCUUGGUUUACUUUUGACUUGAUACCAUAAGUCUUUAAAAUCAUUUAUCUUAAUAAAAUAUAUAAUGACAGGCAAAUUUUAUUCUUGGAAAUGUUCAGAUGGUAUAUGGAUGCAAAAAAUUACAGCCAGUAUAUGAGCCCACUAUUACGGUUUUUAAAAAUUAACUUGGUCUAGUAAAAGUGAUAUCAAGAGUUAACCUUUAGAAACUUGUUCAGUAACUACAUUUUCUGGUAUAACGUUCUUUAAAAAGCAAGUCUGCCAUCUUUAGAAUCUUAAAAAUCUAAAAAUGUUGCAUUAAACUUAGUUUUUGUCUCUCCACUCUUAUUCUUAAAUCUGAAGCUCAUCGAGUAAGUGAAAUAUUUAAAGAAUAGACCAGCAAGAAGUAUUAUAUAGUACCAUAGUUAGUAAAUUUGUAAAACCCUGGAAGCCAUUAUUUGGUCCCAUUUGCAAUUUAGUGUUUUUUAAAUGUGUAGCUUCAUUCAGAUACCUCUUUAAAUCACUAAAAUAUAAAAGCAAACAAAAACCCCAGACUACCUGACUAUAAACAGCAAAAGUUAACCCUCAAAGAGAGUUCUCCUUGUGAACUAUCUUUAUGCUGGCAAAGAGCUCUAGGAUUAUAGGCGCAUUAGGGUUUGCUCCAGUUUGUUUAUCCUAAGCUGUUACUGUGCUUUCUUAUCGAACAAGUUUCUGAUGUAUAAAACUUGAAUCCGAUUUCUUGGGAAAUAUUUUCACAAAAGUUGUUUUACUAUUUUACAUUUCCUUUCCAGUGUCCAGAAGUGUUUCUAAACUUAGAAAGUGACCUAUAGUUUUGUUUUCCUAGAACAUGCCAGAUUCUGAUUUACUCAAUCAAUACUUUUUUUCAGUUGCUUUGUUCUGUUUAGAACAAAAAUGCACUAUAGUUUUUAGAGUCAUUCAUUUUAUAAAACUGACACACACUUCCAUAGAUGUUGUUUUGAAAUGUUUCUAAAUAUCUAAAAUUAUUUCAACAGCAGAAAUACUGAUUUUUAUUUUAACAAAAAAAUUAUGAUAGCCCUCGUAAUGUUUAAAGUAGCCGUAUUUAUUACUGACUUGAGUCAGGCAUUAAAAUAGCAGUGCCACAGCUCAUCUCUUGCCUCAGUGCUGCUGUGAGAGUCACAGCGGGAACUAAAGGGAGGAGGCGCAUUCAUAAGAACCAAAAUCCAGGGCAGCAUCCUGUGAAGCCACGUGUAAUGAUGGUCUCAUAAGGAAAGUAUGUGAAUAUGGCUCUUGCAAAGGAUUAAAUCUUGUAAUUUUUAGCUUAUGCUCUGUAGCCUGCUUUCUAGGGAAUUAUUUAAGCCCUUUUAGGGACCUUUGUCCUGACCCAUUUAAAAACUAAAAUGUAGUGUAUAUUGUAUAUUAUAGCUUCAUUAGGGAAAACUGUACAUAGGCAUUGAAAGAAGGGUAAAAGCAAGCAGUUUUAUCAUGCAAUUGUAAAACACCAAAAAUGUAGAUUUGUCUUUGAUAUGUAACACACUAAAUGUAUUUUGUACAGCAUCUGGUUUCAAAGGUGCCUUACUAAGUUUACUAUUACUUGCUUUGUUCUAUAUACAGAUUAUGUCCAAUGUAUCAUUUUUAAGUAAAUAACCUUAUUUUAGUA